GCAAGUCAUUGGCGCCAAGAUGGCGUUGGAAAUGAGGCUCCCUAAAGCUCGCAAACCUCUCAGCGAGAGCUUGAGCCGCGACUCUAAGAAACACUUGGUGGUGCCGGGGGACACGAUCACCACGGACACAGGCUUCAUGCGGGGUCAUGGGACAUACAUGGGGGAAGAGAAACUCAUUGCAUCUGUGGCCGGCUCUGUGGAGAGAGUGAACAAACUGGUCUGUGUCAAAGCCUUGAAAACCAGAUACAAUGGAGAAGUCGGAGACAUUGUAGUGGGGAGAAUCACAGAGGUUCAACAGAAGAGGUGGAAGGUGGAGACCAAUUCCAGGCUGGACUCGGUCCUGCUCCUCUCGUCCAUGAACCUGCCGGGAGGAGAGCUGAGGAGAAGGUCUGCAGAGGAUGAGCUGGCCAUGAGAGGCUUCUUACAAGAAGGCGACCUCAUCAGUGCAGAGGUCCAGGCAGUGUUCUCGGAUGGAGCUGUUUCCCUGCACACGAGGAGCCUGAAGUACGGAAAGCUAGGUCAGGGAGUUUUAGUCCAGGUCUCACCUUCCCUGGUGAAAAGACAGAAGACUCAUUUCCAUGACUUGCCAUGUGGUGCCUCGGUGAUUCUGGGUAACAACGGCUUCAUCUGGAUCUACCCGACACCUGAACACAAGGACGAGGAUGCUGGGGGCUUCCUUGCCAACCUGGAGCCGGUAGCCCUUACUGAUCGAGAGGUGAUCUCCCGGCUUCGGAACUGUAUUGUCUUGCUGGUAACCCAGAGAAUGAUGUUGUACGACACCAGCAUCCUGUACUGCUAUGAAGCCUCCCUUGCGCAUCAGAUCAAAGAUAUCUUAAAACCAGAAGUCAUGGAGGAGAUCACGCUGGAAACCCGCCAGAGGCUUUUGGACCAGGAGGGAUGAGGCCGAGAGCUGAAGGGUGGGGCUGUGCGCCUCUCUGGACCAGUUUUGGGAGUGAAAAGUCUGCCAUGUGGUCCCCAGGGAGGGUCUGACAAACACAUCACUCACCUGCAGCGGGGCUGCAGAGCCAGGCCCGUCCUCUCCUGUUCUGAGACAAAGCUAGGGGAAAGUCAAUGGUGGGUUUGGGCACUUGGGUCCCAGUACAAGGUUUUAGAUCUUUGACAGCACAGUGUCCCAGCCUGAUGACUUCUCUUGGACUAACUUGGAGAAUAUAUGACUUCCAAUCAUCACAUCAUACACUGUAAUGCCCCAUGAAACUGUCUGGUAGAAAACAUGGUGGACUGAGGCUAGAUCUCAGGGGUGGACCACUUCCUAAAUGUGCAGGCUCCCGGGUUCAAUUUCCAGCUCUACCCCAACCCUGGAAAAAAAGAAAACCAAAGACAUAACAGUGCCAGCGCUAAUGGGCUCUGUCUCCUCUAAUGCACAGUGUGCAGUGAAGGUGGUGGAGUUAGGCCAGAGUCAAGCGGCUAUGAGAAUAAAGGAGCCAGCAGCCUUUGUUGGAAUCUGA